UAUAUCAAGAAUGUUAUUGAAACUAUUCAAGAAGAACAAGAAAUAGAAAAAGGAGAUGAAGAAGAAGAAAGAUAUUUGAAGAAAAAAAAUGUUUCCGAUGAAAGAAACGAAAAUAAAUGGUGAUCUAGGAGAAUCAAUUUUCGAAGCUGCUGCUUCAGAAGAAGAUCAACAACAACUUAAUCAUAAAGCAGAAAUACCUACAGAAGAAAUAAUGAGUAAUAACGAAGUAUUUAAAGAUUAUAUAGAAAUACAAGUACAAAUAAUCUUAUCAAAUGAAGAAAUAAAGGCUAUGUGGGAAGAAUAUAAACAAUAUGUAGAUGAAAUAGUUUUUACUGAAUUACAAGAUACAACUUUCUGCAGUCUUAAGUAUAUUGAAGAAGGGAUAAAAAAUGUGAGAGGAUCCACAGCAUUAUUUUUGGUUGUAUAUCUUUUAAAUAACGAUGGUCCAUGUUUUUCUCCCAAUUUGGAAAUUGAUAGUGAACCACAUUUGUAUGGAUUAAUUUCUUCUUUACUGGAAGAUAUAACUGACAUGGGAUCGUGCUUAGAAAGAAUAAAUACUAAUAAUCAACCAUACAAUGAAGAUAUUAAAAACAAUAAGCAGGUAGUCGAAUGUGUAAAUUACAUACUUCUUCAAGUAAAGAUAACGACUAAAAAGGCUCUUGAUUACGUUGAUCAAUAUCAAGACUAUUCUUCAGUAUGGCUUACUGACCAAAACGAUGCGUUAAAAAAUUUUUUAACUUAUGGUAGAGAUCUCACGCUAGAAGAACUAGAGAAUCUUCAGUUUGAAGUGGACGCAGAAGAAAACCCAUUAAUAGCACCCUCCCCGCCGAAACUCAUUGAUUUUCAAGCUAAAAUUGACUCGUUUGAUAGUCUUUAUGCGAAAAUCAAAAAAAUAGACGAAAAUAUUACAUUUGAUGGUUGGUUAACAAUCGAUAUGAUGCCUUUCAAAAAAAAUCUUUUAAGUUUAAUCGCUAGUUGGUCGGAUUUGUUUAAAACUUAUUUAGUAAACAAAGUGGUAGUCAGUUUACGCUCCUUACGAGAUUUUACCGCAGAAACAGAUAUAGGUAUUUUAAAACCAUUAGAAGAGGGAGACUACGCAGGCCUUGUAAGUAUUAUGGGACAUUUGUUUAAAGUUCGUGAACGUCAAAUAGAAUAUGAUUCAAUGUUCGAGCCAUUAUCAGAAAUAUUAAAUUUACUUAAAGUCUACGAUGUAGAUAUGCCAGAUGAUGUUCACAUCUUAAUGCAGGAAUUACCUGAAAAAUGGACCACAACCAAGAAAAAUGCACUGAAUGUCAAAUUACAAGUGAUUCCACUUAUUCAAACCGAAGGAUCAAUAAUUAGCGGAAGAAUUGUUUUGUUAGGAGUACGUGAAAUGUUGUACAAAAUUAAUUUUAUAAAACAGAUCCAGUUCGAUGCUGGUUGUGAACACCCUUACAUAGAAAUUGACAGGGCUAAUAGCUCUUUGAUGGAAUUGGAAAACGUGCAUGAUAAACUACUUGCUCAAGCUGUAUUAUUUGAAAUACCACAACCUGAGCCAAAUAUAUUAGUAUCAACUAAAAAAUCACUGCGGCUGAUUAAACAGUUGUGGGAUUUUAUAUUUAUGGUAAAGAGUUGGAUAGAUGUAUGGCUAUCGACAUUAUGGAAAAGCAUCGAUUCCGAGUUUAUGGAUAUGGAACUAAAACGAUUUUCAAAGGAUUUGAAAGUAAUGGAUAAAGAAAUUCGUGAUUUAUCAGUUUAUACAUACAUUGAAAACCUGAUAAAAGAUAUGAUGACUUCUUUAAGAGCAUUAAUUGAACUUCAAAAUCCAGCAAUGAAAGAACGUCAUUGGGCGGAAUUAAUGGAAGUUACAAAUGUAAAAUUUUCUAUUGAAAAAUCUACAACACUAAAUGAUUUAGUGUCACUUAACUUACACAAAUGCGAAGAUGAUGUAAAAAAUAUUGUCGAUAAGUCCGUAAAAGAGAUGAAUAUGGAAAAGUCCUUGAAAGAAUUUGCUGAAAUUUGGAACACAAUGCAAUUUGAGUAUCUGCCACAUAACCGAACACAAUAUAAUUUACUUAAAGUCAGAGAAGAGCUAAUAGAAAUUUUAGAAGACAAUCAAGUCCAAUUACAAAAUAUGUUGAACUCAAAAUUUGUAGGACAUUUUUACGAUGAAGUAGCGAAUUGGCAAACGAAAUUGAACACCGCUGACAGAGUAAUAAAUAUAUGGUUAGAAGUACAAAGAACAUGGGUUUAUUUGGAAGCAAUAUUCAUUGGAUCUGAUGACAUAAGAAUACAACUACCAGAGGACACAAGACGAUUCGAAACGCUCGAUAAGGAAUUUAAGGCGAUAUUGACGGAUAUAGAAGCUAAUCCAAACGUCAUAAAAGGCACUAGUAAACCUGGAUUAUAUAACAAACUUGUUAACAUACAAGAUGAAUUAUCGAAAUGUGAAAAAGUUCUGGCACAAUACUUGGAAACAAAACGUUUGACAUAUCCUAGAUUUUAUUUUAUAUCGUCGACUGAUCUAUUAGAUAUCUUAUCAAAUGGGAAUAAUCCAGAGGCCGUAUGCAAACACUUAAUCAAGUUGUACGAUUCGAUAGCACAACUGAAGUUUUCGAAAGAUAAAUUAGCGGUUGGUAUGCAUGCCAAGGAUGGUGAAUAUGUUGACUUUUAUGGGAAUUGUGAAUGUUCCGGACAAGUUGAAAAAUGGUUAAAUAAAUUGACGGACAUAAUGCGUACAUCAGGACGUAAAUAUUUUGAUAAAGCGGUGAGGUCUUAUGACGAAAAACCAAGGAGACUAUGGAUAUUUGAUUAUCCGGCUCAGGCAGCUUUAUGUGGCAUUCAAAUUUGGUGGACUAGUGAGACCAACGAAGCCUUUGCUCAUUUAGAAUUGGGUCAUGAAAACGCGUUGAAGGAAUACAAUAAAAAACAGAUAGUACAGUUAAACGAACUUAUUGAUCUAUUAUUGGGUGACUUGACUAAGGGAGAAAGACAAAAAGUAAACACAAUUUGUACAAUCGAUGUACAUUGCAGAGAUGUGGUGGCUAAAUUGAUUCAACAGAAAAUUGAAACGGCUUCUUCAUUUCAGUGGCAAUCACAAUUAAGACACAGGUGGGAUUUAAAAGAAUCAGAUUGUUUUGCUAACAUUUGUGACGCAGAGUUUCGAUAUUCAUACGAAUAUCUGGGAAAUACCCCUAGAUUGGUUGUGACUCCGUUGACUGACAGAUGUUAUAUAACAUUAACACAGUCGUUACAUUUGAUUAUGGGAGGUGCUCCUGCUGGACCAGCAGGUACCGGCAAAACAGAAACAACCAAAGAUUUGGGAAAAUCUAUAGGAAUGAUGGUCUACGUUUUUAAUUGUUCGGAACAAAUGGAUUAUAGGUCAUGUGGAAAUAUUUAUAAGGGUCUAGCUCAGACAGGUGCUUGGGGAUGUUUUGAUGAGUUCAAUAGAAUAUCCGUUGAAGUUUUAUCCGUGGUUGCGACUCAAGUAAAAUCCGUAUUGGACUCCAUUAAAGCGAAAAAGAAUACAUGUUUUCUAUUGGGUGACAACGUAAAUCUAAUACCGACCAUUGGCAUGUUCAUAACUAUGAACCCCGGAUAUGCAGGACGAGCAGAACUCCCUGAAAAUCUUAAAGCCUUGUUCAGGCCUUGUGCCAUGGUGGUACCAGAUUUCGAAUUGAUUUGUGAAAUAAACUUGAUAGCUGAAGGAUUUCAAAACGCGAGGAUACUUGCUAGAAAAUUCUUAACGUUAUACUCACUUUGCAAAGAAUUGUUAUCAAAACAAGAUCAUUAUGAUUGGGGUCUUCGUGCUAUUAAAUCACUAUUGGUGGUUGCAGGAUCGUUAAAAAGGGCCGAUAGAAAUCGUCCGGAAGAUCAAGUUUUAAUGCGAGCUCUUAGAGAUUUUAAUACUCCAAAAAUUGUCACUGAAGAUACCAAUAUAUUCAUGGGACUUAUCGGUGAUUUGUUCCCUACACUUGAUGUACCUCGAAAACGUGACUUUGAAUUUGAAAAGCAAAUUCGACAAGCUACGCUCGACCUAAAACUUCAACCGGAGGAAAACUUUAUUCUCAAAGUUAUACAAUUGGUGGAGUUAUUAGAAGUACGACAUUCUGUUUUUAUAAUUGGCUCGGCGGGCACGGGUAAGUCUGAGGUAUGGAAAACAUUGUACAGAACUUAUUCAAACCUGAAAUUGAAACCUUACUACAACGAUAUCGAACCAAAAGCAGUCACCAACGACGAGUUGUUUGGCGUUAUUAGUCCGGCUACCAGGGAAUGGGUGGAUGGAUUAUUUUCGUGUCUGAUAAGAGAACAAGCUCAAAUGCCCGGCAAUGGGGCAAAAUGGAUGGUGAUGGAUGGCGAUAUUGAUCCGAUGUGGAUAGAAUCUUUAAACACGGUCAUGGACGAUAACAAGGUACUGACUUUGGCGAGCAAUGAACGUAUUGCACUGACACCGUCCAUGCGCCUACUGUUCGAAAUAUCUAAUUUGCGAUCGGCCACUCCUGCCACCGUUUCCCGUGCCGGUAUCCUUUAUAUAAAUCCAACGGAUCUUGGUUGGAACCCGUAUGUGGCCAGUUGGAUCGAUACGAGAAAAAAUGCGACCGAAAAGGCCGCUCUCGUGGUACUGUUCGAGAAGUACGUAUCCGUCUGCAUAGAGGCGCUAAAAACUAAAUUCAAAAUUAUAACGCCCGUACCGGAGAUAACGCACAUACAUAUGUUGUGUACUUUACUUGAGUGCCUUCUGACUCCAACCAACUGUCCUUCAGAAACCUCCAGGGAAGUGUACGAGAUGUAUUUUGUGUUCGCAUGUAUAUGGGCUUUCGGUUCUGCGACGUUUCAAGAUCAGGUCAUUGACUGGAGAAUUGAAUUUUCUAAAUGGUGGACGACUGAGUUCAAAACGAUUAAAAUACCGUCACCUGGGUCUGUGUUCAAUUACUUCAUCGAUUCAAAAUCUAAAAUGUUCCAUCAGUGGUCAGAACUGGUACUGCCGUUCGAGCUCAAUCCAGACAUACCUCUACAACAAACCCUUGUAAACACAGUAGAAACUACUCGAUUAAGAUAUUUUCUUGACUUGUUAGUUGAUAAGAAAAUGGCUAUUAUGUUUGUUGGAAGUGCUGGUACUGGAAAAUCUGUCAUAAUAAAUGAAAAACUCAAAUCUCUUCCGAAUGAUUUGUAUUCUAUUGCAAGUGUACCACUUAAUUUCUACACAACAUCAGAAAUGUUACAAAAGAUUUUAGAAAAGCCAUUAGAGAAAAAAGCUGGGAGAAACUAUGGGCCACCUGGUGGCAAAACAUUAAUAUAUUUUAUUGAUGAUAUAAAUAUGCCUGAAGUCGAUUCAUAUGGUACCGUACAGCCCCAUACUCUUAUUAGACAAUAUAUGGAUUAUAAACAUUGGUAUGAUCGAUCAAGGUUGUCUUUAAAAGAAAUACAAAAUGUGAUGUUCGUUUCGAGUAUGAAUCCAACUGCUGGAAGUUUUACAAUAGACUCUCGAUUGCAGAGGCACUUUUACGUGUUUGCUUUGGGAUUUCCAUCUCAUGAAGCACUGAACACAAUUUAUUCUUCAAUUUUAACUCAACAUUUAAAAAAUCCGAUUAAUAGAUUUAAUAACACAGUAAUAAAAUUGGCAAAUUUUAUUGUGCAGUUGGCAAUUAAUUUUCAUGACAAAGUGCAAACAGUAUUUUUGCCAACUGCCAUUAAGUUUCAUUACACAUUUAAUCUUAGAGACAUGAGCAAUGUUUUUCAGGGGAUGAUGUUUGCCAAUGGUGAAUGUGUAACAUCAACUAGUUCUUUCAUUCGCCUCUGGCUACAUGAGACUAGUAGGAUAUAUGGUGACAAAUUAAUCGAAAAAAAAGAUCAAGAAUCGUUUUCAAAAACUAUUAAUGAACAAAUUAAAAAAUUUAUACAGGACGUCCCAGAAAACGAGUAUUUGAUAAAACCGCUGAUAUUUUCACAUUUUGCGGAAGGUAUUGGUGAUCAAAAAUACAUGAAUGUCCGGUCGUGGUCUGUACUACAAAAAUUGUUGAAUGACGCUAUGGCUUCGUAUAAUGAACUGGUGGGAGCCAUGAACAUGGUGCUAUUUGAGGAUGCUAUGGCUCAUGUUUGCCGGAUCAACCGUAUACUUGAACUUCCCAGGGGUAACGCUUUGCUCAUUGGAGUUGGAGGGAGCGGAAAACAGUCGUUAGCUCGACUCGCGGCGUUCAUAUCCACCCUGGAACCGUUCCAAGUGCAACUGAGAUCUACGUACGGCAUAACCGACUUAAAAGCAGAUCUAGCCACAUUAUACUUAAAAGCCGGAUUGAAGAAUAUCGGCAUUAUGCUUUUAAUGACCGACUCUCAGGUGUCCGAUGAGAAGUUUCUUGUGCUUAUUAACGAUAUGCUAGCCAGCGGUCAAAUACCGGAACUAUUUGCCGAUGAUGAAAUUGAUCAUAUUAUACAAACUAUCGGACCAGAAGUAAAAGCGACCGGUUUACUGGAAACUAAGGAUAACUGCUGGCAGUUUUUCAUCAACAAAGUUAGAACGUUGAUCAAAAUCGUGUUGUGUUUUUCUCCCGUUGGUAGCACUUUAAGAGUUCGAGCAAGGCGAUUUCCGGCCUUAGUUACUUGUACUUCUAUUAAUUGGUUUUACGAAUGGCCGAAAGAGGCGUUAGAAUCUGUAUCGUACCGAUUUUUAAAAGAUUUAACCGAACUUUCGGAUAAAUUAAAGAAACCUGUAUCUUUAUUUAUGGCCCACGUGCAUAGUUCAGUAAAUUGUAUGUCACUAAAGUAUUUGGCAAAUGAUCGUCGUUAUAAUUAUACGACACCAAAAUCAUUUUUGGAACAAAUUAUGCUCUACGUAAAACUUUUAAUAUCUAAGACAAACGACAAUAAGUAUGGAAUACACCGUUUUCAAAAUGGUAUUAAACAGUUGAUAUCUUGCGCAGCUCAAGUUGACGUAUUAAAAAUUGAAUUGGAUGAACAAGAAAUCGAAUUAACCAAGAAGAAUACAAAAGCGGAAGAAUUAAUUAAAAUCGUCAAAAAAGAAAAGGAAAAAGUUAAAUAUGAAAAAGACAAAGCUGCUGAAGAAGAAGAAAAAGUAAAAUUGAUCGAAGAAGAUGUUAGUAUGAAACAACGAUUGUGCGCAGAAGAUCUAGAAAAAGCAGAACCAGCUUUGAUAGCAGCACAAGCUGCUUUAGAUAUAUUAGAUAAAAAUAAUUUAACAGAACUGAAAUCAUUUGGAUCACCUCCUUUAGCUGUAAUAAAUGUUGUUGCUGCAGUUAUGGUUUUACAAACCAAAAAAGGAAAAAUUCCAAAAGAUAGAAGUUGGAAAGCUUGCAAGGUAAUGAUGGCUAAAGUUGAUGGAUUUCUAGAUUCACUUAAAAAUUAUGAUAAAGAACAUAUACACCCUGAUGUAGUCAAAGCCAUUCAACCUUAUUUGAAAGAUCCUGAAUUCGAUCCUGAACUUAUUCGUGGAAAGUCUUCGGCUGCUGGAAGUUUAUGUGCAUGGGUUAUCAAUAUAAUGAAGUUUAAUAAUGUAUGGCAAGUUGUUGAACCAAAAAGAAAAGCACGGGAUCAGGCAAAUGAAGACUUAAGUGCUGCCAGAUCAAAACUAAUGGAGCUUAGGAAUAUGAUUAAUGAAUUGGAAAGAAAACAAAAAAUUUUAACGGACGAGUUUGAUGAUGCAGUAGCUGAAAAGACCAAAUGUCAAAAACAAGCGGAUGAAACUGCCAUGAGGAUAGAUUUGGCAAACCGUCUCGUUAAUGGCUUAGCCUCAGAAAAUGUGCGGUGGAAAGAAAGCGUUUCUAUAUUACAAAAAAAUUUACAAACUUUACCGGGAGACAUUCUCAUGGUUUCAGCUUUUGUUUCAUACGUUGGUUACUUUACAAAAAUAUAUCGACAAGAACUAAUUCAAAAUUCCUGGCUACCAUUUUUCAAAGGAGUUAAGCCAGAAAUACCAAUAACAGACAAUUUAGAUCCACUUGCUUUGCUUACUGACGACACACAAAUUGCAACUUGGAAUAACGAAGGAUUACCAAAUGAUCGUAUGUCGUCUGAAAAUGCAACAAUUUUAACCAAUUCUGAUCGAUGGCCAUUAAUGGUCGAUCCUCAGCUUCAAGGAAUUAAAUGGAUUAAGACUAAAUAUGGAAAAAGUUUAAAAGUAACCAGACUGAAUUACAAGAAUUAUGUGAUAGAUAUUGAAAAUUGCGUUAGAAACGGACACGUUCUUUUGAUUGAGAAUAUCGGUGAAAAUAUCGAUCCUAUUUUAGAUAACAUAAUCGGUCGAAAUUUGAUAAAAAAAGGAAGUGCUGUGAAAAUUGGUGAAGAGGAAAUCGAUUUUAAUCCAAAUUUUCGUCUUAUAUUGCAUACAAAACUAUCAAACCCACAUUACAAACCAGAAACGCAAGCCCAGACUACUUUAAUUAACUUCACAGUAAACCGUGAUCAACUUGAAGAUCAGUUAUUGGCGGAAGUAGUAAAGGUCGAAAGACCAGAUUUAGAAAAAAUGAGAAUAGAGCUAACCAAACAACAAAAUAGCUUUAAAAUAACAUUAAAACAACUUGAAGAUGACUUAUUACAUAGACUAUCCUCAGCUGAUGGUGAUCAGAUACUAGGCGACAAAGAACUAGUUUUGAACCUCGAAAAGUCCAAAAAAACUGCCACAGAAAUUGAGUUAAAAGUUGCUGAAGCGAAAAUUACAUCAAAAGAAAUAGAUUCUGCUAGAGAAGAAUAUCGCGUUGCCGCGACGCGAGCAUCGAUAAUUUAUUUCAUAAUGAGUGAUUUGAUCAAAAUAAAUCCAAUGUAUCAAUUCUCUCUAGAGGCUUUUAGCAUUGUAUUUCAACGAGCUAUGAGAAAUGCAGAAAAAGCAGAUACUUUAAGUAAACGCAUUGUUAAUUUAAUAGAAAAUAUAACUUAUAAAUCAUUUAUUUAUACAAGUAGAGGUUUAUUUGAAAAGGAUAAACUAAUAUUUAUUUGUCAAAUGACUAUUCAGAUACAAUUGCAUGCACAACAAAUAAAAUCGACUGAGUUGGAUUAUAUAUUAAGAAGACCUGUAUUCGUUGGAUCAAUGAGUCCAUUCGAGUUUAUUUCACCGAAUGUCUGGGGAGCCAUCAAGUCACUGGUUUUGGUUGAUGAUGAAUUUGCUGGUUUGGAUAAAGGAAUUGAGGCAUCUGGUAAACGAUGGCAGUUAUACAUUAACAGUGAAGCUCCUGAAAAUGAUAAGCUACCACAAGAAUGGAAAAAUAAAACCCCAUUUCAAAGACUUUGUAUCAUUAGAGCAUUAAGAACUGAUCGAAUGACAUAUGCAACUAAGGAAUAUGUCCGAGAAGUUCUUGGAGUUAAGUACACAAACUUUAGACCUCCAGAAUUUUCUGAAUCAUUUAAAGAAACUACGUCAACAACACCUGUGUUUUUCAUAUUAUCAGCUGGAGUUGAUCCGACACGAGACGUUGAAGCUAUUGGUAAAAAAAAAGGAUUUACAAUUGAAAAAAAAAAUUUUCAUAAUAUAUCCUUGGGACAGGGGCAAGAAAAAUUAGCAGAAAAAGCUAUAAAAUGUAGUUCUAGAAUGGGUCAUUGGGUUAUGUUACAAAACGUCCAUCUGGUUGAAAAAUGGUUGCCAUCGUUGGAUAAAAAAAUGGAAGCAUCUUUUGAAAAUCCUCAUGAAAAUUAUAGAAUUUUUAUAAGUGCUGAACCAGCUAAUGAUCCAUUUUAUCAUAUUAUACCCCAAGGUGUUUUGGAUUCGUCUAUCAAAAUUACUAAUGAACCACCAACAGGAAUGAUGGCUAAUUUACACAAAGCAUUAGACAAUUUCAAUCAAGAUACCCUUGAAAUGUGCACGAAAGAAUCGGAAUUUAAAGCAAUUUUAUUUAGCCUUUGUUAUUUCCAUGCUUCCGUACAAGAAAGAUCAAAGUUUGGUGCUCAAGGGUGGAACAGAUCGUAUCCGUUUAAUGUAGGUGAUUUAACAAUUUCCGUGAACGUUUUAUACAACUACCUAGAGGCAAAUAAUAAAGUUCCUUGGGAAGAUUUAAGAUAUCUUUUUGGAGAAAUUAUGUAUGGAGGACAUAUUACCGACGAUUGGGAUAGAAGGUUGUGUAGAACAUAUCUCGAAGUCUAUAUAAAUCCAGAUCUGUUCGAAGGAGAUCUUUUAUUUGCACCUAAUUUUACGGCUCCACCGAAUAUCGACUAUAAGUCAUUCCACAAGUAUGUAGAUGAUUUAUUACCCCCUGAGAGUCCUACAUUGUAUGGACUUCACCCAAACGCUGAGAUUGGUACACUUACUACAAGAUCCGAAAAUUUAUUCCAAACUCUAAUGGAAAUGCAGCCUAGGGACGCAGUUACGUCCGGUGGAACAGGAAUAUCUAGGGACGAAAAAGUUAGACAAACGUUGGAUGAUAUAAUUGAUAAAGUUCCUGAGCCUUUUAACAUUAUAGACAUGAUGAGUAGGGUUGAAGAACGAACACCAUACGUUAUCGUUUCGUUUCAGGAAUGUGAGCGUAUGAAUGUGUUAAUGGAUGAAAUCAGACGAACCUUAAAAGAACUCCACUUGGGACUCAAGGGUGAACUAACAAUAACAGCAGACAUGGAGGCUUUGGAAGAAUGUUUGUUUAUGGAUAGAGUUCCACCAAACUGGGAAAAGCGAGCUUAUCCAUCCUUGUUGCCCUUGGCGGCUUGGUAUGCAGAUUUACUGAAACGAUUGCGUGAGUUGGAAUCUUGGGUUAGCGAAUUCCAACUUCCACCAUCUGUAUGGCUGGGCGGAUUUUUUAAUCCGCAAUCAUUUUUAACCGCUAUAAUGCAAAACACCGCUCGCAAACUGGAAUGGCCGUUAGAUAAAAUGUGCUUACAUUGCGAUGUGACAAAAAAAUACAAAGAAGAUAUCAUGAUAUCACCCAGAGAAGGCGCUAUGAUAAAUGGAUUGAUAUUAGAAGGCGCUCGUUGGGACUUGUCUAUGGGUUGUAUCGUAGAUUCAAUCCUGAAAGAAUUGUUUCCAAUAAUGCCGGUCAUACACGUAAGAGCCAUUAUUAAAGAUAAACAAGAUUUGAGAAACUUUUAUGAAUGCCCCGUGUACAAGAUUAAACAAAGAGGCCCGACGUACGUGUGGACGUUUAAUUUGAAAACACGGCAGAAACCAUCAAAAUGGAUUUUAGCUGGUGUAGCAAUAUUAUUGAGUGUAUAGAUAUUUUUAGGUUGUUCAUUUUAAAAUCAAACGUUGUUCACAUAUUUAUAAACAAGUAAAAGUGAUGCACCAUAUUAUUAACCGUUACUAUAUUAUUAUAGUCAAUAAUAACUCAAAAUAGCACGUGAUUAUCCAAUUUUAUACAAAAUCGUAUUAACCUCCAUAAAAAAAUGUAUGUCAAAAUAUUGAUUAAA